AUGUUGUCCAGAUCGAUCCGUCAAUUGGCCGCUCGGCCGGCGAUUUUCCGCGGUGUUCUUCAUGUAAGUUUUUUCUAUAUUUGCAGAAAAGAAUUUUGUGAAAAUAAACUGAAAUUUUCAGCCAACAAGAGCCACCAGCUCGAUUGCGCACACCAUCAAAGUUGCCAAGAAAAUCGAUGAGACUCGUGAGAAGGCGCUUCUUGGUGGAGGUCAAAAACGUAUCGAUGCUCAACACAAUCGAGUGAGUUUGGAUUACAAACAUUCUGUUCGGCACUUUGGCUAAGUCUGGAAUUUUUUUCAACUCAAUACUUCAAAACCUCGUAGAGCAUUUGAACCUGAACCAUUUGAUCUACCAAAACCUAGACUAUUUUGCUUCGAAAUAUUCCACUGAUCAAAAAUGAUUGACUGGUUCAAUUUGAAACAUAAUUUUUGAGAACUCCAACUUAUCCUAGGCCCCGGAAAAAAUUUGAGCUGAACUACCUCUUCAAAAACCAAAAAUAAUUUCUAAAAAUUUACAGGGAAAAUUGACUGCUCGCGAGCGCGUCGACUUGUUGCUCGACAAAAACACGUUCCGCGAAUACGACAUGUUUGCCGAGCAUACCUGCAACGAUUUCGGUAUGCAAAAGGAGAAGUAUGCCGGAGAUUCGGUCGUCACUGGCCGUGGUCAAAUCAACGGACGUACCGUGUUUGUCUUCUCGCAAGACUUUACCGUUUUCGGUGGAUCCCUCUCAUCGAUCCACGCCAAGAAGAUUGUCAAAAUUAUGCGUGAAGCCAUGUUGGUUGGAGCGCCAGUCAUUGGACUCAACGAUUCCGGUGGUGCUAGAAUCCAAGAAGGUGUUGAAUCACUCGCCGGAUACGCUGAUAUCUUCCAAGAGAAUGUCUUGGCAUCUGGAGUUGUCCCACAAAUCUCAUUGAUCAUGGGACCAUGCGCCGGUGGAGCUGUCUACUCACCAGCUCUUACUGAUUUCACAUUCAUGGUUCGUGAUACAUCAUACUUGUUCAUCACCGGUCCAGAUGUUGUCAAAGCUGUUACCAAUGAGGAAGUCACUCAAGAAGAAUUGGGAGGAGCUAAGACUCAUACUGUCACUUCGGGAGUUGCUUCUGGUGCUUUUGAUAAUGAUGUUGAUGCGUUGAUGAGCAUUAGAGAACUCUUCAAUUAUUUGCCAUUGAGCAAUCAAGAUGCUUCUCCAAUCCGUGCUGCUGAAGAUCCAUGGUAAGGUUUUGAAAUCACAUUUUUUGAAAAUAAAUGUUAUUCUCACCCUAUUAUUUUUCCAGGGAUCGUGAAGUUCCAUCACUUGACACUGUUGUCCCACUCGAAUCCACUGCCGCUUACAACAUGAAAGAUGUCAUCCACGCUUUGGUUGAUGAAGGAGACUUUUUCGAAAUCCAACCAGAUUACGCAAAGAAUCUUGUCGUCGGAUUUGCUCGUAUGAAUGGAAGAACCGUCGGAGUCGUUGGAAAUAAUCCAAAAUUCGCUGCCGGAUGUUUGGACAUCAAUUCAUCUGUCAAAGGAGCCAGAUUCGUUAGAUUCUGUGAUGCUUUCAACAUCCCAUUGAUCACUCUUGUUGAUGUUCCAGGAUUCCUUCCAGGUACGAUUACCGUAUCUCCUCGAUCUCAAUAAAAAAAUUUUUUUUUUCCAGGAACCUCGCAAGAAUACGGUGGUAUCAUCCGUCACGGAGCUAAACUUCUCUACGCUUUUGCUGAAGCCACCGUUCCAAAAAUCACCAUCAUCACCCGUAAAGCUUUUGGAGGAGCUUACGAUGUUAUGGCCUCGAAACAUCUUCGCGGAGAUAUCAACUACGCCUGGCCAACUGCUGAAGUCGCUGUGAUGGGAGCCAAGGGAGCCGUCUCGAUCUUGUUUAGAAAGGACGCCAAGAAUGCUGCUAAACACGAGGAAGACUACACUGAAUUGUUCAGUAAUCCAUUCCCAGCUGCUGUCAGAGGUAAGCAUAUUUGCUGGUCCGAUUCAGAAGAUCCGAAGAAUCUCAUUCAAAAAUUUUCCAGGCUUUGUUGACGACAUUAUUGUCCCAUCUGAGACUCGUAAGAAGGUUUGCGAAGAUUUGAACAUGUUGGAGAGCAAACAAUUGAAGAACCCAUGGAAGAAGCAUGGAAACAUCCCACUCUAA